CGUGGCGUCAGAGGUGGUUUCCUGGGUCCUGAAGCAGCGCUUGGACAGGGGGGAGAGAAACAGUGGAGAUCGUCAAGAGAGAGGUUGCAGUUGCUGUCAUUCUCAUUGGCUCCCCACAACUACUGCUUGAAUUAUGACGUCACAAUGGAUAACCGUCCUCGUCGUGACCAUCAUCUUAGGCAUCUCGCUAGCGCCCGCAGAGGCUAAAAAAUCGACCCACUGGUGGAAUUUCGGCGCAGAAACGGAGGAGAAGUCGACCAACUGGUGGACUUUCGGCGAAGAGAAGUCGACCAACUGGUGGAAUUUCGGCGCAGAGGAGGAGAAGACGACCCAUUGGUGGAAUUUCGGCGCAGAGAAGAAAUCGACCAACUGGUGGAAUUUCGUCGCAGAGAAGUCGACCAACUGGUGGAAUUUCGGCGCAGAGACGGAGGAGAAAUCGACCAACUGGUGGAAUUUCGGUGCAGAGGAGGAGAAGUCGACCAACUGGUGGAUUUUUGGCGCAGAGACAGAGGAUAAAUCGACCAACUGGUGGAAUUUCAGCGCCAGAGAUGGGAGCAGCCAGCAGGAGCUGUCAGCUGCCUCCGGUCCGUGGCCGGCCCGGGGUGGGCCGGGGCCGCGGGCUGCGCCGCUGAUACGGCCGCGUCGGGACGGGGUGCCCGCUGCGCGCCGCAACGACAUCGAGUGCUUCCGCUGCGGGCGUCGGGGCCAUUAUGCCAGGGACUGCUGGGCCCGCGUUCCGGGUCCGCCCCAGCAGGAGGCCUCGACAGCGGACGCUCCCAAGAAAGAUUCUACAGCACAGAGUCUGCGAGUGCUGCCCUGCAGCCACGAGUUCCACGCCACGUGUGUGGACGAGUGGCUCAAGAUUAACCCGACCUGCCCCAUCUGCCGUGCCGAUGCCUCAGAGAUUCCACACAAGGGAGAGUGA